AUGGCAAAAGAGAGAGCAGCAGUAUUGGUGCUUGUGACUGCACUUUGCGGAUUAGCUUCUCAUGUAGUAGACGCGCAGUACUACUCGACGAGCGCUACGGCGACGUUCUACGGCGGCAGAGAUGGCUCCGGCACUAUGAAUGGAGCGUGUGGGUAUGGCAACCUGUACAACGCAGGGUAUGGGUUGGAGAACGCAGCGCUGAGCCCGGUGCUGUUCAACGACGGCGCCAUGUGCGGCGCGUGCUACACCAUCACCUGCGACACCAGCAAGAGCAGUAUGUGCAACGCCGGCAAGUCCAUCACCAUCUCGGCCACCAACCUCUGCCCGGCUAACUACGCGCUACCCAACGACAACGGUGGCUGGUGUAACCCGCCCCGGCGCCACUUCGACAUGUCGCAGCCCGCGUGGGAAACCAUAGCCAUCUACAGAGCCGGCAUUGUCCCGGUGACCUACAAGAGGGUCUCAUGCCAGAAGCGUGAGGGCGUCAAGUUCGCCAUAAACGGGCACAACUACUUCGAGCUUGUGAACGUGUUCAACGUCGGCGGCUCCGGCGUGGUGACGGGGUUGUGGAUCAAGGGGUCCAACACAGACUGGCUGGCGAUGAGCAGGAACUGGGGUGCCAACUGGCAGAGCAACGCCUACCUCAACGGGCAGGGCCUAUCUUUCAGGGUGCAGCUUGACGACGGCCGCCAAGUCACGGCGACCAACGUUGCACCGUCCACCUGGUGGUUCGGGGGUAGCUACGCGUCCUGGGUCAACUUCUACUAG